AUGUCCGUCGCGUCGUCCGUCCUCGCGCGCCCCUCCCUCGCGCGGCGCGCGUCCGGGCUCGCGCCCCGCCGCGCGUCUCGCGCGCCGCGUCGCGCGGCGUCCGUCCGCGUCGCCGCCGCGGCGUCGUCGAAGUCCAAGCCAUCGACCGAUCCGCUCGCGCUGACGGUCGGCAAGGACACCCUCGAGACGUUCCUCUUCAAGCAGCAAGCGAGAGACAACGUGGACGUGGACCUCUCCAUCAUCAUCAACUCCAUCGCGGUCGCGUGCAAGAAGAUCUCCUCCCUCGUCGCGACCGCGCCCAUCCGCGGCCUCACGGGCAUGGCGGGCUCGAGCAACGAGUCCGGGGACGAGCAGAAAAAACUCGACGUCAUCAGCAACGACAUCUUCUGCGAGUGCAUCAAAGACACCGCGCGCAGCGCCAUCGUCGUCACGGAGGAAGAGGACGUCCCCGUCGCGUCCGAGGCCAUCAGCGGCGAUUACAUCGUGACGUUCGACCCCAUCGACGGCUCCUCCAACAUCGACGCGGCGGUCACCACGGGCUCCAUCUUCGGCAUCUACUCCCCGGGCGAGUGCGAGGUCAGCCUCGACGAUACCCCGGAGGAGGCGAUGGACAAGUGCCUCGUGAACACGCGCAAGAGCGGCGAGGAGCUCGUGUGCGCGGGGUACGUCAUGUACAGCAGCAGCACCGUGGCGAUGAUCUCGGUGGGGCACGGCGUGUACGGGUUCACGCUGGACUGGACGACGGGGGAUUUCGUCCUCUCGCACGACGACGUGAAGCUGCCCAACCCGGGGCAGAAGAUCUACUCCGGGAACCAGGGGAACGUCGAGAAGUGGGCGCCGGAGCUGCGUAAGUACGUGGACAAGCUUCAGGAGGAGAACUACUCGUACCGGUACAUCGGCGCGCUGGUCGGAGACUUCCACAGGACGCUGCUCUACGGCGGCAUCUGGCUGUACCCGCCCGACGCGAGCGCGCCGGAGGGCAAGGCGCGGCUGCUGUACGAGGUGGCGCCCAUGGGGUUCUUGGCGGAGCAAGCGGGCGGGCUCGCGAUGUGGGGCGAGAUGGCGGACAAGAGAGUCAUGGAGGUCGUCCCGCAGCACAUCCAUCAACGGUCGCCGAUGUUUUGCGGGAGCAAAGACAUGGUGGAAGGACUGCAGAAGUUCCUGGUGGAGGAGAAGGCGCGCGCGACGGUCAAGGCGUGAGAUUUCGCGAUCGCGCGCGAAGUGUCGUAGUCCGCACGCCGCGCGUUUGUAACACGAUGAAAACGA